AUGGAGGUGGAGGAGGAGGAAAGACGCUCUCCACACGAUCAUGGGGAUCCGUGUGUUCCCGAGAGCUUCUUUGAUCGCGUAACGCAAGGGUUACGCAACGAUCUCGAACAUGAGCGGGACAGGCGUCUCCAAAUGGCGGACACUGUCUCGAAGCAUCGAGCUGAGUUUGCCUUUGCUCAGCUUGAGAACGAGAGAUCUCUGACAUCUCUUCGUGACGAGCUAAGGGUAGCUCGUGGGAUUGUUGAUCGGUCUCGGGAUGAGAUAGCUGCUCUUCAGACCCUUGUCGAUGCCCACCAUCGGGAGCACAAGGCUCUCUGCGAGAUGCUUGAGCGCAAGGGCGUUCUUCAUCGGAAGAAGCAGCGUACUGAUGGUACGGCUUAA